CGUACCAGGCAGGACAUGGCUCUUUUGUUCCUAGCGUUUUGCCGAGGAGGCUCGUUGUUCUUUGUGUCCUUCCUGUUCCCGCAAGAGAUGGCGACCAAGGUGCGUUCAUCGUUACCGUUCUCUACCAAGGUGGAAAUAAUCCGGCGCGUUGAACGCGGCGAGAAGAAGUCAGAAGUCGCCGCAUCCUUCAAGAUCGCCAGAAGCACGCUGAGUACGAUUCUGAAAAACAAGCCAGCGAUCCUGCAAAAGUCCCGAGAUCGACCGAACGCCGACGGAAAGCGCAUUCGGGCGCCUGCCUUUGACAGAGUGGAAAAGGCGCUGUACGCGUGGUUUUUGGAUAUUCGCGCUCGAAACCUUCCAGUUUCGGGCCCCAUGUUACAGCAGAAAGCAAAAGACUUUGCCUUUUUGCUCGACGUUCAAGAUUUUAGUGGCGGAUCCGGAUGGCUUCAACGGUUCAAGGAACGUUACGACAUCGUCGGCAAAGUUGUCGCCGGCGAGAGUCGAGCAGUCGACAAUGAAAGCGUCAAGAAGUGGAUCGCCGAAAACUGGCCAGCAAUUACGGAGCAGUACAGGCCCUGCGAUAUUUAUAAUACCGACGAAACCGCACUGUUUUGGCAGCUCCUACCCAGUCGAACCUUGGCACGACAAGGCGAGAAGUGCCAUGGCGGCAAGCUGAACAAAGCUAGAAUUACGGUGCUCCUCACCACGAAUAUGGACGGGAGCUCCAAGCUUACGCCACUGAUCAUCGGCAAGAGCAAGGCCCCUAUGUGCCUACGGGGGUGUCGGUCUCUUCCAGUGAAAUACACUUCAAAUGGAAAGGCCUGGAUGACAAGGGUGUUGUUCGAGGACUGGCUGCGCGACUGGGAUGAGAAGUUGUCCGAGCCGCUAGAUCAAGGCAUCAUCCGUGCCUUCAAGCAAGGUUACAGGAAGCGUGUAGUGGAGCAGCUGCUCACCAAGCUGCGUGUGGGAAAAGAACUGAAGAUUGAUUUGUUGGGUGCUAUUGAAAUGCUUAGCCGUGCUUGGAGCGACAUCGCGCCUAACACAAUUAAGAAUUGUUUUCGCCACGCGGGACUGUCCCUGGAUAACGACAGAGCAAGUACUGAAGAGGCAAUCGAGGUUACGGAUGACGACUUAAACGAGAUGUGGAGAGACCUCGGCUGUCUUCCCGACGCGGUCCCGGAUGGCGUGGAGCUGGAAGAUUUUCUCGGAGUGGAUGAUGAUGUCGCAGUGACCAGCAGUCCUUCAGACAACGAAAUUGUCGCCGAGGUCGUGGCGGCUUCAGCAAACGACGACGACGACGAGGAGGCAGAGGACCCAGAGGCACCUUGCCCGACGCUUCACGAGGCGCUUGCAGCGACGGAAGUGCUCCGUCGCUACUGUUCCCAGCUUCAGGGAAGUGGACUAAGUCUGGUAAACCAGCUAUCUCGCGUCGAGGACGAAAUUUUGAAGGACGCAGUAAAAGCGAAGACGCAGGCAAAAAUUACCAGCUUCUGUCGGUAA